GUGGCAUCUCUGUUCCAUCAGCUGCCGGUUUGUUAUUCAACCAGUUGGAGGAACUAAAAAACAAUGGAAUUCCUGACUAAAGUGUGGGCCAAGGAGGUCGCAAAACCCCAAGAAAUAGAGGCUACAUCCACACCGAAGCCGGAAACAUCGAAAUCACAAAGUGAAAAGGCAUCGGCCAGUGAUGAAAUCAAGGAAUCCCCUCAAGAUAACACCACAGUGAAGAAGGAUUGGGGAUAUGACUUGUACCCUGAGCGCAGGGGGGAAACCUUCAAGCCCAAGUGGUCCCGCAUACUCUUCGGAUUGGAGGGCCAGGAGAACAUCGACCGCUUCAAGUGCGAGGAGAAUGUCUACUGGUGUGUGAAAAACGGACCCUUAGUGAAGCUUAUGAUGGGAGCCCUGAAGAGCUCCGGAUGCGCCAUCGAUCUCCGGCGCCACAUCUCCUGCGAGGUCUGUGAUCCCUCCGUAACCGGCGGCUAUGAUCCAAAGCUCAACCAGAUAGUUGUGUGUCAAAAUAUGGCCAAGAACAAGAGCAUGGUUCACGGAGUGCUGACACACGAAAUGAUCCACAUGUUCGACUACUGCAAUAACGACCUUGACUUCAGGAACGUGGACCACUUGGCCUGCACGGAGAUCCGGGCUGCGAACUUAGCUCACUGUUCCUUCUUGAGUGCAAUGUUUCAGGGAGAUGCCUCGCCAUUUAACGUGAAAGAGGCGCAUCAGAACUGCGUGAAAUCCAAGGCACUGGCUUCUGUGCUGGCUGUGAGGAGUAUCAGCAAAGCUGAUGCCAUCGCCGCCGUGGAACGAGUCUUCCCCAAGUGCUACGCCGACCUAGAGCCGAUCGGUCGGAGAAUCCGCCGAAACUCCACGGACCAACAGAAGGCCUACAUGGAGGGACCCAUGUAUGGCUAUGAUGUAUAUUAAACAAAAGUAUACACAUAUAUGAGCCUGUUUUUAAGUACACCAAAAGCGUAAUAAAACUAUUUUUAAGCUUUGAA